UUGGUACACUGUACCUUGGUGUCCUUUCUUUCUCACAGUCUGGUCUGGAGUUACCAUCAUAUCCUCGCUAACUUGUCUGCUCGUAGAGAAAUCCCUGUUUCGUAGGCUUGCCGCAUCGACGCCUUAUGCGUCUUAGCGCGACCCACGCCGUUCUCGUCGUAUUAUUUUUAACCUUCCAGGUCGCGAGUUGGUUAGAUUAAGCUGAUGAGUGAAUUGCAUGUGGCUGCCGCGCGCGAUUAGUACCUUGCAGUGCGCCAAUCGCCUGCGCUAACCGUUCUGGUGAAGUACCCUAGUGCCUAGUGAAACGCCUUUUCUGCGUCGUGCUGGUUCUGCAACUCGCGAUGCGCGUGUCGAUCCCUUCGUUUCACUUACCUCUCGACCGCUUUCGCGUUUUUCCCAAGAAGCGAUCGUUGGUGAGCAAUUGGAAGCACGCUGUUAACAGCAGCCGCUGAUUUACCUAUCGGAACUGACCAUACGGAACUGACCGUACGGAACUGACCUUACGGAAUUGAACCGUACGGAACUGACCUUACGGAAUUGAACCGUACGGAGCUGACGGUAACACCACUCGCCAACUUUUGUUACCUUCUCUGUUUUGUCGUCGCCCCCUCUUUCUCGUCGCGUUGCGUAACUCUGCUUCCUUUCAGCAGCAGCGAGGCCAGAUUCGUCUCCAAGUCAACUCGAAAGCUAAAUUCAGCCCCAGCUUCAGCUCCAGCGAUAGCGGGUCCAGCAAUAACGGAUCUAGUCUAUGGCGGGAGGCAGUGCGGCGACGGCUUCAACGUCAGCGGGUCUAGACCCCGCUCGGGGGAACCAGUGGGGCGCCUCGAGGCCGGCCGUUUCUAGACCGGUUGCUCCUAAUACCGCCGCUAUCUGCGCAUCUGGCGGCGGCGACAAGCACGCGCACGGGCACGGGCACGGGCACGCGCAGGGGCGCGGGGAAAGCCUUGGCGCAAUUCGGCGGAACGAGGCGCGCGAGGGGGGGAAAGGCAAGGCGCAGUGGCGGGGCGCGGAGGGCGGGGAGUUGCGCAAGGGGCAGUGGACGGCGGAGGAGGAUGAGUUGCUUCUGAAGUGCAUCCAGCAGUUCGGCGAUGGCAACUGGAGCUCCAUUCCCAAGCGCGCAGGUCUGCGGCGGUGCGGCAAGAGCUGUCGGCUGCGGUGGGCAAACUAUCUGCGGCCGGACCUGAAGCGAGGCGCGUUCACGGACGACGAGGAGGCGCUCAUCAUCCGCCUGCACGCCGCGUGGGGGAACAGGUGGGCUAAGAUAGCGCUGGAGCUGCCCGGGCGCACGGACAACGACAUCAAAAACCACUGGAACACCAAGAUGAAGCGCCGGCUCAAGGAGCAGGGCAUCGACCCGGACUCGCACCGCCCGCUCUCCUCGCUCGACCCAGACCAGCCGCCGAAGCAGCGUGUGAAGCGGGGGCCACCCCCCGGCAGCUCCCCUGUGCGCCUGCACAAAGUCAUCAAAGACUCUCCGACCGCCUCCCCCCUCUCUGCCUCCCCCCUCUCUGGCCCCAAAUUGCCCCCCUCUGCUGCUGCUGCUGCUGCUGGUGCUGGUGUUUUGGCCGCGUCCGCUCUUUCCCGUGUCUCCCCUCCGCCUCUCUCCCUCCUUCCCGCCCCUCUGAUCCCCGCCUCUGCCUCUUCCCUCGCCCCCCCAGCCCUUCCUCUUCCUCUUCCUCUUCCUCCUCCUCCUCCUCCUUCGUCUUCCUCCUCUGCUGCUGUCAUUCAAACGCAGCUACCAACCGUAGCACCAGCACCACCACCUGCUGCUGCUGCUUGUCCUCCUCCUGCCGCUGCUGCCACGAUCGGCCGUGAGCCACUCGUGCAGCGGAAGCACUCACUAUCACCGCACGGCAAGGCGGUCCCUGGAGCGGCCAAAAGAAUCGGCGGGAAAAUGGAGCAGGGGCAGGUAACGAUGGGCAGAGGAAUGGAGCAGGGGAUUCUGGGCAAGGGAAUGGGGAGCAAGGGGGACGAUGAAAACCAAACCCUAUGUCAGGUGCUGACUGGUCCCAAGGGGCCUGCUGAGAAUCCGCGUGGGCCUGUGAAAACGGAGAGUGGGGCAAUGGGCAGUGCGAAAGCAGAGAUUGCCUGUGUGGGAAUGGAAGCCGCUCGUGAGAAAGCCGAGGGAGUGAGAGCACAAGGGGGGUUAGCCGAAGGGGUGUUGACAGAAAGGGUGAAGGUAGAGAGGUCUGAGAGGGGGCGGGAGGUGCUGCAGGGAGAAGGCGCAGCAGCUGGGUGGGGAGGAGGGGACAGCACCAGUCCCGCACGGCUGGCGCCUAUAGACGUGGGGGACAUAAGUGGGUAUGCGGACAUGGGGGAUAUUAGUGGGUAUCCCAAUGCAGAAGAUGAUAUGAGUGGGUAUCCGGAUGCUGGGGAUGUGAGUGGUUAUGCAGAUGCGAAUUUUGCAGCGGGAAAGAGAGAGCCGUUAGGGCGAGGAGAUUUGCGUAGCGGGCAGCUGGGGGUGGUGGGAGGGGGUCAGGAGGGCGGAGGAGUGGGUGGAGCGGGUGGGUGGGACGGAGGGGGCGGAGGGGGCGGAGGGGGCGGAGGGGGCGGAGGGGGCGGAGGGGGUGGAGGGGGUGGAGGGGGCGGAGGGGGCGGAGGGGGUGGAGGGGUGGAGGGGGUGGAGGGGGCGGAGGGGGCGGAGGGGGCGGAGGGAAGGGUUGGCGGUGGUGCAGCUGCUGCUGCUGCUGCGGCGGCUGCCGGUGGUGGUGGUGGUGGUGGUGAUGGUGGUGGUGGUGGAUUGUCUCUGAAUCCCAAAGACCUGCAGCUGCUGCUGCAGCAACUGCCAGUGUCGGUUCGGCUGAAGUUGCUGCAGCAGCACCAGCAGCAGAAGCAGAAGCAGAAACAGCAGCAGCAGCAGCAGCAGCAGCAGCAGCAGCAGCUGCUGCUGCAACAGCGGCAGCGGCAGCAGCAGGAGCAGGAGCAGGAGCAGCAGCAGAAGCAGCAGCUGCGGUGGCAUGUGAACCAGCUGCUGCUGCAGCGAACUGCAGACCUGCAGCAGCGGCAGCAGCAACAGCAGCAGGAGCUGCAGCAGCUGCAGCAGCAACAGCAGCAGGAGCGGCAGCAGCAACAACAGCAACAGCAGCAGGAGCGGCAGGAGAGGCAACGGCAGCAGCAACAGCAGCAGCAGCAAGGAGUGGCGGAGUCAGCCAUGUCCUCCAGUCAACCGCUCUCCACAGCCGCUGCCACUGCUGCCUCGGCUCUACAAUCCUCAGCAGCAGCAGCAGCAGCAGCUGUAGGCCGCAGUAGCCCCGCUGCUCCUGCCCAUCGUUCGACCCGCUCCCCUGCUUCCUCUGCUUCCCUCCCUCCUGCCUCUGCCGCAUCCUCCAUCCCCUCUCUCUCGUACCUUGCCUCCUUAGCCUCCUCCCAUCCCUCCCACAACCACUCUCGUGCCCUCUCAUCCCCUCCCCACAACUCCCACCCAUCCGCAUCCCCCAUCACCUCUAUCCCUGCGCCCACCCCUAGCCCUACUCGCGCCCCUGCUUCCGCCUCUGCUCUCGCCCCCCCCUCGCCCAGUGCUGCUCCCCCUGCCGACGCCUCCCCCUCUCUGCCCUUCUCCCAGCGGGAGCUGGAGCAACUGGCGCGCCUGCUGCCCCCGUCGCUGCUGCCCCGCCUCUUGGCUCGCCUAGAGGGGGCUAUUGGGGAGGGGGGCGGUGGUGGUGGCGGUGGCGCUGCUGCUGGUGCUGCUGCCGGUGGUGGUGGUGCUGAUGGUGGUGGUGGUGUAGAUGGAACAGGUGUUUCUGGCGCUAGUGCGAGUAGGAGAGUGCAAGCGGGUGCUAAUCCCAUGGAAGUGGAUGCACAAGAGGCACAAGAGGCACAAGAGGCACAAGAGGCUCAAGAGGCACAAGAGGCACAAGAGGCUCAAGAGGCACAAGAGGCACAAGAGGCUCAAGAGGCUCAAGAGGCACAAGAGGCUCAAGGGGCUCCAGAUGCUUCUUAUUUUCUUGCGCGCCCUCAUUCCUCCUUCCUAAGCUCCUCUCUCCUCGGUUCCUUGCUCCUCCAGCGCUCCACCCUCCCCUCUUCUAACGCUCGCUUAUCCAAUCAACCUCAGUCAGGGCUUGCGCUGGAUGCUGCUGCUUCUGGGGCUGCUGCUGCUGCUGCUGCUGCUGCUGCUUCUUCCCCCCUCUCCUCCUCACCGCAUUCCUCUCUCUCUUCCCAGCCUGCUGCUAUGCCUCCUCCCGCUUCUCUCCCUCCCUCUUCCCGCCACCAUCUCAACCAGCGCCAGCAGCACCAACAGCACCAGCAGCAGCAGCAGCAGCAGCAGCAGCAGCAGCAGCAGCAGCGCCAGCAGCACAUUUCAGCCCAGCUCCUUCCUCUCCCAUCCGCCUCCUCCCCUCCCCCUCCCUCUUUCGACAACAACGACGCCCCCUCCCCUCAUUCCUCCUCCCCUCCUCCCUCGCUCUAUCUCGAGCUGGCCUCCCCGUCCUCCUCUGCUCUAAGGGCGUGUGGCGGCCGGUUUAGAUUCGACGAUACGCCUGUUAGGGGUAAUAACAGGUACGGCAGAGGAAAAGGCGACCUCUCUGCUUCGACUGCUGCUGCUGCUGCUGCUGCUGCUGCUGCUGGCGGUGCGUCUAGCGGUAUCGGCAGCAGCAACGGUGGUGGCGGCGGUGGCAGUGGUGGUAACGGCAGUAACGGCGGAGCAGGGAUGGGAGCGGGGAAGGGAGUGGGGCGAAGAGGGAGCAUAGGGGUGGAGGAUGGGAGUUCAUUGUCACUCAUGCCUUUUCCGUGCAUGUUGGAUGCUAUUGCUGGUAAUCAAGCCCCUGUUGCUGUUGGAGGGAGGCUUCAUAGUGAUGCAGCAAAGGGGGCAGGAGGAAGAGUGGAAGGCUGGAAUGAGGCUUUUGCUGCUGGUGCUUCUUCUGCUGCUCCUUCUGCCGCUGCUGCUGCUGCUGCUGGUGCGGCAAUGCCUGGGGAUGGUGCUGCAGCUGCUUCUGCUUCUGGCAAUGCACCUGCGGUCACAACUGCUGCUGCUGCUGCUGCUGCUGCUGCUGCUGCUACAAGUGCUGAUCUUUCGAAAUCGUCUCAACCAUUGGGCCCGGCAAUUUUUGGAGCAGCAUCAGAAGCCAGUGGGAGCGCAGGAGGGGACGGGGGGGGAGGGGGAAGAGGAGAGGCAAGAGCAGAAGCGGCAGGAGCAGGAGCAGGGAGUGCAGGGGGUGCAGGGAGCGCAGGGGCUGCAGGGACAGCAUCAACAGGCACAGGCGAGACAGCAGGCACACCGUCCCUCAAGCGGCGGCCAUCAGCCUUCCGAGUGCUGUCUGUUGUCAUUCCUACCGACACCACCGCUGCAGAUGAGCCCCCCCCUGCCCCCGCCCCUGGCAGCAGAGGCUCCACUGGCCGCUCCAUGCCUGUGGAUCGCCCCAUGGUGAUUGAAGCAGCAGUAGGAGCAGGUGCUGCUGGUGCGGGUGCAGCUGGUGCAGGUGGUGUUGCUGGUGGUGUUGGUGCUGCUGAGGAUGGUGCAGAGGGGGGGGCGAGAGGGGUGGGUGGAGCAGCAGCAGCAGCAGCUGCCGUGGCGGCAGCAGCAGGGCAGGGCAUGGGUGCGCCCCCUGUCCCGUCCUUCUCCCCCAGAAGUCCCUGGGGCAAUGACAAUCAGUUCUGGGAUUUCAGCAGCGAGAGCAGCGACCUAGCAGGCCCCUCCUUCCUCCCCUCUCCCAACUUCCUCCCUCCACCGCCCUUCACCCCUUCCGCUAUCCCAGUGCCCUUCACUCCGUCCUACCCCAUCCCCUUCAGUCCCGGUGCCGCUGUGAGGGACUUGACUGCGUUUGACCGUGCGCCGCUUGCCUCCCCUGCCACCCCGCAGUCGCGCUCCCUCUUCCAUUUCCUGCAAAGCAUUCCGGAUUGCUCCCGAGUGCCCUCUUCUGCUGGUUCUGCUGCUGCUGCUGCUGCUGCUGCUGCUGCUGCUGCUGCUGUAAGCACACCAGGAGCAGGGAUUUACACUCCUUCCAAUGCUGCAGCUGCUGCUGCCGCUGCUGCGGCUGCUGCUGCUGCUUCUGUGCCUGCGUACGGCUCUUUUGCUGGUUCUACUGGUGGUAGUGGUAGUUCUGAUGCUGACUGUCCCCCUGGUGGGUUCGCCGUGCCUUCUCUCCCAGCCAGCCAUGCUGGCUCGGCAUCAGCCUCGGUUACAGGGUUACCAGCAGCAGGCGUGGCACCACCUAGCACUGACUCUGCUGCGUCACUAGACGGAGGACACGGGUUUCGAGAGCCGCAUUCGCCGCGCUCCAGGGUACCUGCCUUUGCCGCCCCUUCCGCUGCCGCUGCCGCUACUGCUGCUGCUGCUGCUGCUGCGGCUGCUGGUAGUGGCACUGCAAGCAUCAGCGCUGCCUCUCUUUUCCCAGGAUCCUCAAAGUCCCUCAUGCCCCCACCCCCUCCUCGCAUGCUUCCUCCCAAGACUCCUGGUCAGAGCCAAGCCGGUGAUUCUCAAUUCCCAGCUGACGGACGUGAGAGGAGUGAGAAAGCACAGCUGAGUUUUGGAGGGAAGGAGCAGCAGCAGCAGCAGCAGCAGCAAGGGGAUGGUGAAGGGAAUGGGAGAGGGGCAGCAGGAGAGGUAAGGAGAGGGGAUGGGGCGAAUGAGGGGGAGGAGAAGAAGGAUGAGGUGAAAGGAAGUGUGUCUCCAGAACUAGGCAAGCAGCAAGGAGCAGCAGCAGCAGCAGCAUUAGGACCAGCAGCUGCAAAGACACCAGCAUCAGCCGCAGCAGCAGCAGUAGAGUCAGAGUCGCCUGCUGCUGCUGUUCCUUCCCCUAACGACACCCAAGCUGCCUCUGCUUCCCCGGAUCUCUCAGCUUUCGCCGCCAAAGCAGCUGCAGACGGCAGGCAGGGGUGCACAAUCCCCCCCACCGCUGCAUCCAGUAACUCUGGAGCUGCCCCUGAAGCAACCAACAAAGAUGACCCGACUCAACCAGAUGUUUCUCUCGGCAAUCGGCCAGCCGCACUAGCAGAUCCACCUCCACUGCACCAGGGGGUUGCAAUUUGCAGACAGCAGCAGCAGGAGCAGCAGGAGCGGAACCAGCAGGGGCAACAGGAGCAGAAGCAGCAGCAGCAGCAGCAGGCAGUGCCAGGUGGUGACGUGCAGGAACAGGGAAAGCCAGGAGCUCUGCCCAAAUGGCUCUCACUUGACAUCCUAGACUCAUCAGCAGCUACACCACCACCAUCCAAGCACCAAUGAUGAUGCUUAGUCGGCUUUGAAAUGCUCAUAGGUUCCCGUAGGGAACUCUGUGGUACGUUUGGUGCUGGUGAUUGCAUUUGUGCAAUCAACUUGACGCACCUUUUUUACAGUAGGUUUAGUUGCGAAAUGUAAUGAAAUCAUGUGUUGCCC